AUGGGCGACAUACUCACCCAGAUGCAAGAUGAACUUGACUUGCUGCUAGAUAUGAUGUACGACGACCUCAAGUACAUUCGGGACAAUGCCCCUCCAAGCGUCCCCCCGGGUCAACAACGUCUCGACUCGUUCGCCGAAUUAGAAGCCAGGACCGCCGCCGAAAACUCGCAGAACUCUACGCACCCUUCCCAGCACGCACAGGCGCCUCCCGCAGAGACACCCGCGCCGCCUUCUCAAGAACAGUUUCAGGCAGACAUUAAAACGAGGGCCAAGGAUAUUGUCGUAAAAACUUCGCAGAUCGAGCAUCUGAUAGCUAGUUUGCCAGGACUAAAGUCGAGCGAGAAGGAGCAAGUUGAGAGGAUGAAAGAGUUGGAGAGGCAGCUGGAGGAUCUAGAGGGAGAGAGAAUACAGGCAGUCAAGGAGAAGGAGUUGUUGCUGUCCAUAGUGGAGGAGAAGAUCAUGGGCGUAGGGAGGAUGAGUUGA